AUGGCUAUGUUCACAUUUGCUUGGAUAAAUCUGUAUAGAAAAUAUUACUACAAUCAGUGUCUAGCCACGAUAACUAUGUGUUACUUGUGUUAUUUUUUGUCUGAGUAUUAUUUUAACUUGUCUGGUCCGCUGGCAAUCGUUUGUUAUGGUUUAUUUAUUAACGCUUAUGGCCAUAUUGCCCUGGACGAAGUAGCACAGAGAAAGCACAAAGAAAUUGUGGAACUUCUCUCCCUGAUGGGAAACUCCAGCAUUUUCAUCAUAUCAGGAAUAGUCUCCUUUGGGAUGAUGGAAAAUGUUUUCAAGGACAACUUGUACUUUUUUAUAUACAUCGUAUUGACAUAUAUUUAUUUAGUGUUGGCAAGGUCCAUAAUGAUUUUGAUAUUUACUCCUUUUUUGUCAAGAAUUGGAUACCCUAUAAAUUGGAAGGAAAUAUUGCUCCUAAUUUGGGGAGGACUACGAGGUGGUAUUGUACUAGUCCUAGGGUUACGGAUAGAAGCAGAAAAUAAAAUUAACGAAAAACUAACGAAGGAGUUGGCUUACUAUAUUAGUGGUAGUGUAUUGCUAAUACUGACAAUUCAGGGGUUGACUUUUGAGUGUUUGUACAAACUGUUAAAUAUUUAUCCGCCCAAUCCAUUUAGAAUUGUUUACCUAGAAAAGGUACUAAAAAUGAUUGAUUACAAUUUCUUUAUUAGGAAGAAGAACUUAAAAAAUUACUGGCUCUUUAAAGGCACCAACAUUCUUCACUUUUCCAACAAAAUUGUCCCUGAAUUGUACUGGAGGAAAAUGAACAAAUAUGGAGAGUUCGAUUUGAGGUUGCCCGAUAUUUAUGCUUGUCUUCAGGAUAUAAGCUCGUGCGAUAUUUCGUUUUGGGAACGUGCUUACGAUUCGCAGACAGUAAUCGAAAGUUUCGACGACGUUUCUUCCAAUGGGAAAGGCAGUUUUCCUAAAAAGAACGAGGAUAAGAUAAGCCCAGGAGGGGGGAAAAAAAGUGAUAAUAAAAAUUCGGCUCAUUCUUCCAUUAGUAGGAGGAUUCUACAAAAAAAUGAACUGUCCAGUAUUGCAGAUAAUGACACCGUCAAUGAGAGAGGCACGCCGAACGAUAGGAAUGUGCAUAUUCAUGGAGGAAAAGAAAAUCCAAGUUGCAGGAACAAAAAAAAAAGUAUAUACGAAGAGGUAAAAUGGAAAAACAGCAAUUUUACGGAUAUGGAAUAUGAAGAUAACAGUGAUGAAUACAGCUACACAAAUAACGAUGACAGUAAUAGUAGGAAGAAAAAAAAGAGAGAAAAAAUAAAAAUGAGAAACAAUUCCAGCAGAAGGCACCAAGUAGGGAAAUGCAUCUCCAGAGGAAAAACAAGCUUUGAUAAUUUUUCGCACAAAAAAGAAAUGAAAAUAAAUAUCAUCAGAAAUAAUGACAACUACUUCAGUAGUAACGAUGAAGACGAACAUAAUUACACAAAUAUAAACUGCUCACUAUCAUCCAAAAAUUUCGAUAAGCUCAGUAAUCAUCUGAAUGAACUCUCAGAUAACGAAUCAUGCUACACAGAUAAGGUGUGUGAAAACAGUAAAAUAAAAAAUUUGAAUGCUUUUAACUAUGACAAGAUUUCCAUAAAAACGUAUGAUCGCCUUAUAAACAAAAUGAAUUACCGAGAAUUCAAAAGAACCAGAACGGAGAAAGAAAACUUUACUGUCAUCGAUAGUAUCGUUGAUAACAACGAGAAGGAGACGUUCAAUCCCAAGUACAAUUUGAGGCUAAUCGAGCAUGCUACCGAUUUACCCAAAACUUUGAGUGACAAUUUGCUCGUUAAGAGCAGUGUGGAAAUUGAGAAUGGAAGUAAUGGAGACGCCAAGAGUGGUGCGCCAGAUUCCAGCGAGAAGGAAAAGAAGAAGAAAAAAAACUUUUUAAAUUUUUUGCACGACCAAGCUGCGGUGAAGGAGGGUGACCUGAGCAAAGAAAUGGACUCGGUGAAAGAAGCCGAGGUGGGAAAAAACCCAAGCGGAGAAAAACAAUAUGUGCAACAGGACAGCAGCCUUGGGGAGGAGCACCUAAUGAAAAAUAUAAACUAUGAUAACAUCACGAAGGAGGACGAAAAUUUGCUAAACAACUUCAAAGAUUUGAAAAAGAUCGCAGAGGGGACUAAUGAGGACACACCGGGUCUAACUAAUGCAGACCAAGGGGAUAACGAGUUGCUGAUGAGCGACAAUUUUAUUAUAAAAAUUCAGAAGGAAAAAUCACAUGAACGCGAGGAGGAUCAGGAGAAGGAGAGUGUGAAGGGACAAAGGGGAGAAGGCCACGAGAAUGAUUUAGAAGAAAAGGACGAUGAUGCAGAGGAGGAAGAAGAAGAAGAAGAAGAAGAAGAAAGACGCCUGAAAAACUGCAUCACGAGUAUGACAAAUGAACAGAGUAAUGUGGUGGAUGAUAUCAUAAAUUAUGACGGAGGUGAAAACAAAAAUAACGAACAACAUUUUGAGGAAUACUUAACAUAUAAAAAUCUGUUCGCCGUGGAUAGCGAUGGGAAGAAAAUAUCGUCCUUCUUUAACAACAACUAUGAUAAGAAGAGCUAUCUAAAGGUCGGGGAGAAAAACCCAUCGGAGCUGAACAUUUCUACCAAGGGAACUAACAGCAAAACUUUGAUGUUAAUGAACAAAGAAAUUGAGAAAAGGAAAAAGAUGAAAAAUAUUAAUAAAUCGAGGUGUACCUCAUGCACAGGUAUGUUUUAUUUCGCCAUAUGUUCGCGAACAAAAAGGGAUAGUAAUCGGAGCGCGUUAAAGGUGAAGGGCAGUAAGGGGAGAAGAUGUGAAAGAGGCGAUAACCAUAAUUGCGAUGAUGCUGACAGUGAAGACUACCACAAAGGAGAUAGAAAAAAUGUGGAGAUAAAUCGAAAUAACUCCAACAGCAACGCAGGCAAUGAUAACACUUUCAGUAAUAAUAACAACAGUAAUGGUGAUUUCCUCGAGGGAGGAAAGGGAAUCCCUAAAGUGCAACGAAACAACACGACGGACUUCACUGCAAGGAGGUAUGACACAGAUCAGACGAUAAAUUUCGAAUGCAUAGAAGAUGUGUGUCAGAAGAAACAUGUUGCUACUUUUUACAGCUUUUUAAAAAGACCCAAAAUGAAAAUAAAAAAUAAAUUAUUCAGCGAAAUAAGAAGGGCAAGAAGCCACGAAAGUUAUGGUAAUAGUAAAGAUAAGUCUGGGAAGUCCAAGGAUGAUGUUUUUUACAGUUCACUCAAAAAAAAAAUUGUUCGAAAAGAAAGAGAAGGGGAACUCUACAUCAUGAUAUUUAAUACUUGCAGGGAAUUAUAUAAAAAGUUGUACGUAAACGGCUUCAUCUCGGGGGAAUGUCUAUUAACACUUACGUCGAUUCUAGAUUUGUCUGCCGAUUUUGCCUUGAAAAAGGUACGAAUGAACCCGAUUAAAGCAUGGGCCGAUGCUUUUGAUAAGAGCAAAAAUAAAAAUAGCAACAAAAGGAGGAGGAGCAUUGAUCACAGAAAUGGGUUUGAAUACGAAUUUAACGUGCUGUUAUCAAAAUUAAAAAUUAAUACAAAGCAUUCAUUUUUUUUCUCGCCCAAAGUGGUAAAUAUAUUUCUUGUGUAUGAACACUGCAUGAAGGAUCUGCAGAUUAUUCUCUCCUAUGUGGACGUUCACCAGUGCACACUGGAUAAGGGGGGAAUUACUAUGAAGUUACUGCUGGGGAAAAACUUGCUCAGAAGCUACUACAGAAAUAUAGAGCUCGCCAAGAGCCUCAUACCGCACCUGGUUAAUAAGUACAAGGACGUCGUGAAGUACUGCCUCAUUAAGAUAGGCGCAGACAUGCUCAUGCAUUUGAAGAAGACGAUCGUUAAUGAGCAAGCUGCCAACGGAUUGUUACUAACCCAAGACAACGAAAAAUUGAAUGGCAUUUUCGAUGAGCAGCAAAUCAAAAUUAAUAGAUACAGACCAUAUUUGCAUUAUUUUCUAAAAAAGAACAUGUUUAAGAUGAUUAUUAAGUAG